AUGGGGGGAUUUGGCAGGCAAGGGUACCAAGAGGUGCCUUUUGCUGGCACAGCCCAGCUCCCAGGUCUGCCAGCCCGGGGCCGGCGGCCCCCGCACCCCCCUACCCUGCACAUGGUCAUUGAGGCGCUGCGGGCCCAGGACCAGAGGAAGGGCGUCUCUGUUAUUGCCAUCAAGAGGUUCAUCCUGGCCAAGUACCCUGCUGUGGAUCCCAUCCGCCUCAAAUACCUGCUGAAGCAGGCGCUGCACAAGGGGCUGAGCCGUUGUGGGGACCUGGUGCGGCCCCACAACUCCUCUGCCACGGGGGCCACUGGCCGCUUCAAGUUAGCCCCAGAGAAGCUGCGGCACAAGCUGGGCCGGGCAGAUCCUGAUGGAGGGCAGGCACCGAAGCUGGGACCAAAAGGGACCACCAAGCCCCCCCGGGUCCCCCCGGCGGGUGUGCGACAGCGAGGUGCUGCGGAGGAGAAGCCGACAACAGCGAAGCAGAAGCCAAGGGCAAAGCCCGUGGAUGCCCGGCUGCCAGCAGCAGUGAAGCCCAGGAACGAUGGAGCGAAGCCCCCACGAGCUGCUGGCCGCCCCCGGGCCCCUGGCAAAGGGCGUUCAGGGUCCUCCACGGCACCGGCUGCUGAGGAUGCAGGAGGGGGCGAUGGUGACAACCCUGUGGGUGCUGGGGCAAAGGGACCCCGAAAGGCCCCCAUGGGAAAGAGCAAGGGGAAGGCGCCCAAGGGGGCACAGCAAGAUGCCCCCAAGGCAAAAGGGGGUCAAGGCAAGGCGAGGAAGCCCAAGGUGACCCCAGGAGCCGGCCAGGGGGAAGCUAGGCCACGGAAUGCAGCCCUUGCCCCAACAGGCAGGAAGGCCUUGUAG